GCCAAAAGGAACUUUUCCUGUGUUUGGAGUGUUGGAAUCUCAGAAGACUGAAUCUUUAAGUAUCUUGAUAUUUGAAAAAGGAAUAUACUGCACUCUUCUGUUUAGAAAUCUUGACUAAUAAAAUGCUUGGAGAAGCCUUCCUACUUGAACUCCUAUACAAAGAACAGAAAUAUACAACAUUUUGUAAACCACCUACAUGUAAGAAGACCUCAAAUGAUGAAAAGGAAACUUGGAAAAAGCAGCUUUUAGAUAUAGAAGACAAUUCACUUUCUCCUGAUAAAAUAGAAAAUCAACAAAAGGUUGAGAAAGAAAGGUUAACAAAGCAAAUUAAUGAUACAAAUAAAAUAAAAUUUGUGGAUGAAAUAACUGUACCAAAAUGCAAAAGUGCAUCCUUUCCAGGAAAUCUGUCUGUUGCGCUGCCCAUUCCAAAAAGAGAACAAUGUAAUGAAAGACAACUGGAUUUAUACCGAUCUUGGUCAUGUACAAGUAUUUGCCAGAAUUAUCCUGACCUACAGAUUGGAGGAGACCACGUGGGCAACAUGUAUGAUUCAGGCUGCUUUGUGGAACACAUACGUGAUGAUGCUUUUAAUGGUCCCCUUUUACUUUCAGUAGAUAUACCAUUGGGCCAUUCUCCCAUCAUUGAGCCUCUAGAGAAACUAUCUGCCUCGAAACUUUUGAAUGGGGAUGAAAUUCGAGAAAAAAGUAUGUUGUUUCAUAAGCAGCCUCGCUCUAAUUCUAUGCUUAAUAAGUAUAUGGAAAACAAGCUGGAUGAACUCUACAAACAAUUUUUGGAAGAAAAUCUCACUAAGUGCCUCUCUAUAACCAACCUUAUGGCUUCUAAUUUGCUAAUGAAUAAUGUAAAUCAGUUUAGCCUUCAAAUCUCUCAAGAGCAGAACGUAGAGGCUUCGAAAGCCCGGGAAGCUCUCCUACAUUCUUUUUCAAGAUGUAAUCUCUAUAACAUUUCCCAUGGAAACAGUUCUGAAUUCAGCACUCCUAACCUACAAAUAUCAAAACAGAGAAGUAGGGAAUUUGUAUCACAUGUAAUAUAA